UCUAGUGCAUGCAUCACAUGCACUGCACUCGACGUGACAUCUGUAAGAUUCUGUUCCUUGCUUUAUAAUUUUUCACUAAAACCAUGUACUUCCUGACGUCCCUGCUGUAAAGCGAUGACAAUGGCACAUGCGGUGGAGAGAACAGACGAGUUGGUUCGAGAUUAUCUGUUGUUUCGUGGCUUCACCAACACCCUGAAAACUUUCGAUGCUGAACUGAAAGUCGAUAAAGAUAAGAAGCUCAAGGUGGACAAGGUAUUAGACCAUCUCCUGAACUCAAUAUGGAACUACGACCUUGCCGCACUCCGAAGCUAUAUGGAACACUUGGAUAGACGCAUAUUCUCUCACCUGGAAUAUCAUCAGAUGAGUAACGUCCGCAAGCUGGAAGUCAGCAUUCUAAGGUUGUACAUUGUUAAUGCCAGUCAGAACAAUCGCUCUGACAAAGUCAUUGAGUUCUUCGAGAAAAUGGGUAGUGACAUUCAGAACCAGCCAGAAUGGAAAGAAUGGUUUGCACUACCCUUCCUGAAGAACCCGGAGCAGAGUCCAACCUUUGAACUCUACUUCAGUAAGCAGUGGCAGGAGACACUGACGAUAUCUCUCCACAACUUCUUCAGUAUCAUCUUCCAGUCAAUGCCUCUUCCUGGGCUCCUCAAUUUUGAUGCUGAGCUGCAGCGGACAAGUGACCUACAGGACCAAAAUGCUCUCCUAAUGAAGCAGGUUUCUACUCUGGAGCGUGCUCAAAAGGAAAAAGGAACAUCUGCAGAACCUCUUCCAGAGCUCAGUGCAGCCACAGAGGUCCAGGAGGAUUUUGUUGCCAUGCCAACGACUGUUGAGAGCAAAGACCCACAGUUCCGGGCGGCCAGAGGCAUCAGCACCAAGAAGACCCCAUCGCCUCUGUCAGGUCGCCGGAGCGCCCCAUUGGCCACGCCUGGCCCUGCCCGCCGGGCCGUCACUGCCAUCCUGGGCAGCGUCAGCGAGAAGGUCAGCCGGCAGGGGUCCAAUGGGAAGGAGUCCGGCAAGAAGGCAGAGGUUGCCCAGGCCGCACCAUCAGGGAUAUCUGUCCAGGGAUUUGGCCAAUUGAACCAAUCGCCCCAGCCUCAAAUAGCACAACGGCUGCCUCGCUCCCAGCAGUCUUCCCAGGGGCUCGCCCAGCAGAGACGGGAGCUCCUGUCCAAGUCCUAUCAAGGGAGGGCCCCAGACCCGCAGCGCUUUUCAUCGCAGUCCAGCACAGAGGAGUUCAGCAUGCAGGACAUACCGAGUGCUGGCAAGCCCAGCAGGGGCAGCAACCUUGGUACACUGCCGAGCGUCGCGGCACCUGUCCCACAAGAGCCCAUCAUCAAGAAGGAGGCAGAAGUCACAGUGCCAAAGACCCUUCCCCCACCCAUUACAGCCACCGCCGAAGAGACGAAAAAGCCUACACAGGUCCAAGAGUACGAGGGCGCUGCACCAUUCCUAGUCCUUAGCCAAGACGAAUAUACAGAGCACCACUCAGCCAUUGCUGCUUGCAAGUUCAACCCCUCUGCAACGACAGUGGCUAGUUUGGAUGUUGAUGGGGUAGUCAAAGUCUGGAAGUUUGCACCUUCUCCAGUAACUACAGCAACCAUCAUGUACAAAUCACCAGUGCUCUCCAUAGAGUGGGCUACAAAGUCAGAUCGCUUGUUGUUACUCGGCAGUUCAAACGGCACAGUCAAGAUUUAUGACACAGAGGCCAAGAAACCCGUUUGUGACCUGGAAACAGACAGUGCACACCCAAGGGCAGUCUCUGUGUGUUGUAGCCCCAAUGGCUCCCUGUUCAUUUGUUCAGCAGCCAGCGUUUCCACCCAUCAGCCGACUGGUCUUCCUUCCACGGCUGUAUCGUCAAGGUUACUCGUCUGCGACAUCAAACAGAUGAGGGUUUUGAAUGAGCUAGCAAUGACAGCUAAUGCAGGUUGUGUGAACUGCACAGCCUUUAACCACAAUGGACAUCUCCUAGUUACUGGCGCUGCUGACGGAAUGAUCAGAGUGUUCGAUAUGCAACGCUCGGAGAGUCUGCUGAGUUGGCACGCUCACUCUGGCCAAGUCUACGCCGCUCAGUUCAGCCUGGAUGAGACAUCCGUCCUCAGCAUGGGCUCUGACGGAAAGUUCAGUCAGUGGAGCAUACACAGAGUCGGGGAGAGGCUGCAACAACUCGAUAUCCAUGACGGCGCCACCGGGCCGUUCGUCAUGUCGGGGUUCGGCGGAUACAAACAGCAGCUGGCUCCACGGGCGAAGCUGUUUGCUUUUGACAGCAGCGGCACUCACGUGCUGACAUGCGCACCAUACGGUGGCAUCAUCUAUAAGUUGCACAGAGAACAUGGGAUGGCGAGGUUACUGACCAUACUAGGUCAUCGCACUCCAGUGGUCAGCGUCGACUGGUGUACAUCAGUCAACACAGGCAUGUGCUUAACAGGCUCCAUGGACGGUCGUGUCCAGGUCACCACUCUACUCAGCCAGUGAUGAUCCAAGACAUGAACACUCAGUAUUUUAAUCCUGUUUAUUUUUUUAAAGAAGUGCACUAACUGAAAUAUAUCAAAAUGUAAGGCGAUUGUUGUGUUGAUUUUAACUGAGCAAGCAGGCAGUGUGUUACACGUGUGAUGACGUGCUGGAUUUUUGUAUCUUGCCAUCAGUCUUAAGUGAAUUGUCUUUUGUUCACCCGCCCUUUCUCAGCUAGCAAAGGAAACAAAAUUUGUCUACAAACUGAUAAGUGUGAUUGGAUCCUAUUCAGCCGAGCCGUAAGAAGAUUUUUUGAUCGUUUUGUAUAUUUGUACAGGAGUUUACAUAUACUUUUCCACUUUGAUAAACUGCUCAGGAAUACGUUUAUAAAGUCAGUACAUGUACACAUGUACAUCACUGAAUAAUAUCGGCAGCUUUGCUUGAAUCAUAUUGCAAAGAGUGAUUCCCAGUAUGCUGCUUCCCAUAGCAAUUGCCACCAGAAGGCUAUUUUCAACUCUAACGUCAACAUUGUGUUUGCUGUUUAUCAUGAUAUCUUGUCCUCAUUGUUUACUUUGUACUUUUCUUGACAGGAAACAUGAACAGAACCGACCGUCGGCAGCUUCAGGGAGUAGCAAAUGACCCUGUAGCAAUAUCCGUAUGUUACUGUUGUUUUUAUGUUAAUAGAUCUAGCUCCAAAUCUGUAAUUAGGAAUUUGGGUUUUUUUUGCCGGUGGGAGAUAGUGUAUGGAAUUGAUUCCAUAUGGAUCAGAACAUCAUUGGAAUCUCCCCAAAAUUGAAAUAAAUCCCAAGUGAGUCAUCUACACAUUUUGCUCUACUAUUGAUACAAAUGUCUUGUGCAGCUCACUUUGAUCUCUUCAGGUCUUCUUGACUUGGAAGUCGAGCACAGCUUGGCACCUGUUACAUUCUUUCAGGCUGUGAAUGGUCGAGUUUAUUGCUAUAGAAAAAGCAAUGGAUUUUUAUACCGAUUUUAAUAGCAGGAACCAAAGUAUUAUUUCUUUAUUUUAUUGCGGAAAUUGCACCCCUGGCAAAUGAUUGAAUUGACUUUCACUUGAACAAUUUAAUGUAAGUGCAACUAGGUAGCACAAAAAAUUAACUGUUUUUCAGUACAUCUUACAUACUAAAUGAACAUUGCUGCAAAUCAUUUGCUCUAUCAAAUCUCUCUGCUGUUAAGAACACCCAAAUUUAUUGUAAAUUGGUAACUAAUUAAAAUCUGUAUUUGACGGUCUUGCUGACCCCAUCAUCCCAACAACCCCGCACCGUCUCAUCGAACAUAUACAGUCAUCGGCAACAAAGAAUGAUUGUUAACGUCCAUAUAAGCACUUAAUAGAGCCUGAAAGUAAACGGCCACGCGGCAAACCCUUGCGUUGUCUGCCUAUGGGGAUUUGACGUGAGCGUUCCUAACACGUUCGAUAAUUUUGGGAAGAAUGAUUUCUAACUGAAACCACCCGGAGAAACACUCAUGUCGGAAUUUUCCCUUUUGGCCUCAAGUAUUCCAAGAAAAGUCCCCUAGAGAUGGCUAUGGGAAGAAAACUAAUUUCAUUCACGACCUUUCACUUCUGGCAGUAUCGUUCCUAGGUCUCCUUGUUCGUGCAGGUUUGUUUUCAUUCCCCUUGCUUACGUGGA